AAGACCAAUAAAGCUCUCCACCGAAAAUCUUUCCUCUUCUCUUCUCUUUCUCUCUCCUUUUUUUAUUUUUUUUCUCACUCUUACACACACACACAACCAGUCUCUCUCAGCUGCGCACAGCCAAAGUUUUCUCUGUCCAUAGUCAAAUCCGAACCCACAAAGGCGACUGCUUAGCUUCCUAGAAGUGCCACUUUCAGCUCAGUAAGCUUCACUCAUUAUCGAUCACUAAGGGGGCUUACUACUGUACUUGCUUCGGCUGCUUACUCCUUUCUUCUGCUCGUUUCGGUAUCUGAGAUCUGGGGAUUUUAGGGUUUGGGUGGAGCUGAGGGUUGGAGCUGCGAAUUUGGUUUUGGAGGGAAGUUUCGGAUUUUAGGGUUUUGUUUUUUUGGGUUGAAGUUGAUUAUGGCGUUUAGGGUUGGGGUGGUGAAGAUCUGGCUCUAUGAGGGUUAGGGGGGUUGUGUUCUGUAUUGGUACUGGUUUUGGAUGAUAUCGUUGGCCUCUUUAGUUGGUUUUUCUGGUCUUGAGCUGGGGGGGUGGGGGGGCAGCUUACUAAUCACACAUUUGAUGGUACGGUCGGGAAGUGAAGGUUCAGAAAUGGCUUCUAUAUUUGCUUAAUGGGGGGUUUGAGUAAGAAAGAGAACUGCUGUAUUUGAUUUUUGUUCAGAGUUCGUUUCUUGAAGCUUCAGGCGGUUUCAGCUGCUCGUACCAGUAUUUUUGUUUUUGUUCUGUUUUUCUUCCAUUGUUGAAGAAUGAGACUCUCUUCUUCGUCGUCCUCGUCGGGGUUUAAUCAUCAGGCUCAGGAAGGGGAGAAGAAAUGUUUGAAUUCAGAGCUGUGGCACGCAUGUGCAGGUCCACUGGUAUCUUUGCCACCUGUUGGAAGUCGCGUAGUCUAUUUUCCACAGGGUCAUAGUGAGCAGGUUGCUGCUUCAACUAACAAGGAAGUGGAUGCUCAUAUACCCAAUUACCCCAACUUGCCACCACAGUUGAUUUGUCAGCUUCACAAUGUGACUAUGCAUGCAGAUGUGGAAACAGAUGAAGUAUAUGCUCAAAUGACCCUACAACCAUUGAGUCCACAAGAGCAGAAGGAUGUGUACCUGCUGCCUGCAGAAUUGGGUACUCCUAGUAAACAGCCAACCAACUAUUUCUGUAAGACUUUGACUGCAAGUGAUACUAGCACUCAUGGAGGUUUCUCUGUUCCCCGGCGGGCUGCAGAAAAAGUCUUUCCUCCUCUUGAUUAUACACAGCAGCCCCCAGCUCAAGAACUAAUUGCAAGGGAUCUUCAUGAUAAUGAAUGGAAGUUUAGACAUAUAUUUCGAGGUCAGCCCAAAAGGCAUCUUCUUACAACAGGAUGGAGUGUGUUUGUUAGCGCAAAGAGACUUGUUGCUGGGGAUUCAGUUCUUUUUAUCUGGAAUGAAAAGAAUCAGCUACUAUUGGGUAUCCGCCGAGCUAAUCGUCCUCAAACUGUCAUGCCCUCAUCUGUUUUAUCCAGUGACAGCAUGCACAUUGGUCUGCUUGCUGCUGCUGCGCAUGCAGCUGCCACAAACAGUCGCUUUACUAUCUUUUAUAAUCCAAGGGCUAGUCCAUCAGAAUUUGUCAUACCUCUGGCCAAAUAUGUAAAAGCUGUCUAUCAUACGCGUGUUUCCGUGGGCAUGCGAUUUAGGAUGCUGUUUGAGACUGAAGAGUCUAGUGUUCGUCGGUACAUGGGAACCAUUACUGGAAUUAGUGACUUGGAUCCUGUUCGCUGGCCAAAUUCACAUUGGCGCUCUGUGAAGGUUGGUUGGGAUGAAUCUACUGCUGGGGAGAGACAGCCAAGAGUCUCUUUGUGGGAGAUUGAGCCAUUAACAACAUUUCCAAUGUAUCCAUCCCCAUUUCCCCUCAGACUGAAGAGACCAUGGCCAUCAGGAUUGCCCUCUUUCCAUGCACUUAAAGAUGGUGAUAUGAGCAUAAAUUCUCCAUUGAUGUGGCUCCAAGGUGGGGUUGGGGAUCCGGCGCUGCAGUCAUUGAACUUUCAGGGACUUGGGAUUACACCCUGGAUGCAGCCAAGGCUUGAUGCUUCGAUGGCAGGUCUACAACCUGAUGUGUACCAAGCAAUGGCUGCUGCUGCACUUCAGGAAAUGAGGGGAGUGGAUCCUUCAAAAUGUUCACCGCAAUCUCUUCUGCCAUUCCAGCAAUCCCAAAAUGUUUCUAAUGGGUCUGCUGCUUUGCUUCAGAGGCAAAUGUUACCGCAAUCCCAACCUCAAAGUACUUUUCUUCAGAGCUUUCAGGAAAACCAGGCUCCAGCUCAGCCCCAGCUUCUGCCACAACAAUUGCAGCGUUACCACCCAUAUAAUGAUCAGCGACAACAUCAGCAGCAACAACAUCAGCAGCAACAUCAGCAGCAACAACAUCAGCAGCAGCAGCAGCAACAUCAGCAACAGCAGCAACAUCAGCAACAGCAGCAGCAACAUCAGCAGCAGCAACAACAUCAGCAACAGCAACAUCAGCAACAACAUCAGCAGCAACAUCAGCAACAACAUCAGCAGCAGCAGCUUCAACCGUCACAACAAUUGCAUCAGUUGUCUGUUCAGCAGCAGAUUCCUAAUGUCAUGUCUGCUCUAUCCAAUUUUUCCUCAGGUAGUCAGUCCCAGUCUCCAUCCCUGCAGGCCAUCCCUUCACAGUGCCAGCAACCAAGCUUUCCUGACUCUGUUGGGAAUCCCAUAUCUUCAUCUGAUGUUUCCCAAAUCCAUAGUAUAUUAGGUUCGUUGUCCCAGAAUGGAGGAUCCCAGUUGCUUAACUUGAGUGGUUCCAACUCUGUUAUCUCUUCUUCUUCCUUGCUAGCCAAGCAAAUCUCAGUUGAACCACAGAUUUCCUCUGGGGCUUCUCAAAGUGUACUGCCUCAGGUGGAACAAUUAGGGCCUCAGUCAAAUGUAUCUGACCUUGCUACUUUGCCUCCAUUUCCUGGGAGAGAGUACUCAGCAUACCAUGGUGCUGCUGACCCACAAAGCAAUCUUUUGUUUGGGGUUAACAUUGAUUCUUCAUCCCUCAUGUUGCAGAAUGGGAUGUCGAACCUGAGAAAUAUUGGUAGUGAAAAUGAUUCACUGUCUAUGCCGUUUGGUUCUUCGAAUUAUUCGAGUGCCGCCGGCGCUGAUUUUCCCCUUAACUCGGACAUGACUACUUCAAGUUGUGUAGAUGAAUCUGGUUUCUUGCAGUCAUCCGAGAAUGGGGACCAAGUGAAUCCACCGACUAGAACCUUUGUAAAGGUUCAUAAGUCGGGGUCCUUUGGGAGGUCACUGGAUAUAUCCAAGUUCAGCAGUUAUGAUGAACUGCGCAGUGAGCUCGCUCGUAUGUUUGGCCUUGAAGGCCAACUGGAGGACCCUCAGAGAUCAGGCUGGCAGCUUGUAUUUGUAGACAGGGAGAAUGAUGUUCUUCUCCUUGGUGAUGACCCUUGGCAGGAGUUUGUAAACAAUGUGUGGUACAUAAAGAUACUGUCUCCACUUGAAGUGCAGCAAAUGGGCAAAGAAGGCCUUACCCCUGCGAGUUCUGUCUCGAACCACAAGGUUUCUAAUAGCAGUAACGCUUGUGACGACUACAUCAAUCGACAGGACCUCAGAAACUCGAGCAAUGGGAUUCCAUCAAUGGGCAACCUUGACUACUAAGAAAGGCAAUAUCUCCCUCUGGAAAGCUUUAUUUAGAUGGUCGGUUGCUGUUGAAUGUUAUUAAUCACCUUAUUCUACUAGUACCCACUUUUCCUUAUGUACGGAUAAAAGCAUUCUUUUUUUUACUCUUCUGUGGUCAGUGAGAUGUAGUGUUUGGGCUAAUUAUGUCUAUUUUAAAAUUUGCAUGUCAGCUUAUUACUGUAAAUUGUAAUAGGAUGGAUAAUCUUCCUGGUUUCUCGAAACUUCUUCCACUAUAGCACUUUAGAACAACACGUAUCCCUCAAGAGAAUGACUAUCUUGAUGGCAGUUUGUUUUGCUAUCUUGUCUUUGUAAUUUAUAAGAGGAAUUUAAAUACUUAUAUCUCGUUAUAUUGAA